GAGAAAGUGUCUAUUAUGUGUGUGUAGUUAGUGAGAGAAGAAAAUCUUUGGGUUGAGAGAGAAAGGGCUUUGGAAAAAGACAAGAUUUCAACUUCACACUACACACUCUUUUGCUCAGAACCCCAUAAAAACACAAACCACACAACAAGAGUAUAGUGAAGUAAAUAAUAAUGGCUCUGCUACUACUUGCAUAUGCAACUUUCUGUAUGCUUUAUAUUAUGUGUAUUAAUAACUAAAGGUUGACCCUUUAUUGUUGUGUGUUGAAAAUUGAAAACAGUUUCAGAACUCAGAAGAGAGUAACCAAGAGAAAGAUUUAUGCUUUCAUGGGAACAUGAGAAAGAAACACACACACUCAUCUUAGGUUGGUAGGUAGGGCUUUAUGUUGGGUUAAGAAAGAAGAAAAAAAAGCAAACUUUUUGUUGUUGUAAGAUUGAGAAAGAUAGUAACAAAUAGAGAGAAAAAAAAUAGAGUUAGAACCUUAAAAAAAAUUGAAAUUUUUUCAUUUGGGUCAAGCUAGUUUUUUUUUUCAAACAUGGAUGGUUAUGAAGCUACUAAGAUAGUUUUUUCAAGGAUCCAAAACAUGGACCCUGAAAAUGCUUCAAAAAUAAUGGGUUUACUUCUUCUUCAAGACCAUGGUGAGAAAGAAAUGAUUAGAUUAGCAUUUGGUCCUGAAUCACUUGUUCAUUCAGUGAUUUUCAAAGCUAGAAAAGAGUUAGGAUUAUUACCUUUGAAUUUGAACUCUUCUUCUGCUUCUGCUACUUCACCUUCAACACCUCAGUCACCUUCACCUUUUCUUUCAAGACAAAAUUCAAACAACACUUCAAGGCUUAUAAACAAUGGUAGCAUGAUUCUUCCUACUACUCUUAGUAUACCAAAUCCAAAUUCAGCUUCUUGGGCUACUUUAUCUGAACUUCAACAAAACCAUGAUGAUUUGAUGAGUCCUAACAAUUUAGUUCUUGGUUCUUCUGCUUCAUCACCCUUUUAUGGAAAUGGAGGAGUUGGUUCUGAUUCAAUUGAUGAGUUUCAACUUCAAGACCAACUGUCUUUUCUCAACGAAGGGUCACCUUCUCUUGAUUUAUUAUCUUCUAGUCCUAAUGGUGUUAAUGGUGGUGACCCUUCACUCUUUUAUGGAUGGGGAGGUUCUUCACUUCAUAGAAGAAGUUGUUCUGUGAAUGAUGCAUGUUUGGUUUCUGAGGAUGCUGCAAAUUCUGGUUUUGGUUGGAAACCUUGUCUUUACUUUGCUAGAGGGUAUUGUAAGAAUGGUACUAGUUGUAGGUUUCUUCAUGGAGAUGUUGGUGGUGAAGUUGGUGCUACAAUGAUUGAUUCUAAUAGUAGUAAGAUUGAGAUGAUGGAUCAGUGUCAUCAUGAACUUCUUAGAUCCAAAUCUGUUCAACAACAAAGACUUGCUGCAGCUUCUCAACUCAUGGCAACUUCAUCUUUUCCUUACUCACCCAAGUGCAUGAGUUUGCUUUUGCAGCAGCAGCAACAAAGUGAUUCUCAAAGAGCUGCAGCUGCUGCUCUUAUGAUGAAUGAGGAUUUGCACAAGUUUGGUAGGUCAAGGUUAGAAAGAAAUGAUUUUUCUUUGAACAAUAUUGGAAUGAUGAAUCCAGCUUCUAGGCAGAUAUACUUGACUUUUCCAGCUGAUAGCACUUUUAGAGAGGAAGAUGUCUCAAACUACUUCAGCAUUUAUGGACCUGUUCAAGAUGUGAGGAUUCCAUAUCAGCAAAAAAGGAUGUUUGGAUUUGUUACCUUUGUUUAUCCAGAGACAGUGAAACUGAUUUUAGCUAAAGGAAACCCUCAUUUUGUUUGUGAUGCUAGAGUUCUUGUUAAGCCUUACAAGGAGAAAGGAAAAGUACCAGACAAGUACAGAAAGCAGCAACAGUUGGAUAGGGGAGACUUUUCUCCUUGUGGUACACCUACUGGAUUGGAUGCUAGAGAUCCAUUUGAUCUUCAAGUUGGAGGGAGAAUGUACUACAAUACUCAGGACAUUCUUUGGAGAAGGAAGUUAGAGGAGCAAGCUGAUUUUCAACAAGCUCUUGAGCUUCAAAAUAGAAGACUCAUGAGUCUGCAACUUCUUGACAUAAAAAAGCAACACCAACGUGCACUUUCGUCCGGAAGUCCAAUUCCUUCCCCAACUCACUCUCCUAAUAUGUUCAAUCAAAAUUUUGCUCUUUCUUCAUUUCACAGCAGCUCAGAAAGCCAAGAGGAGAAUGGUUCGGGUUCAGGUUCUGCUAGCAGUGCAUCAAUUCCUAUUGAUCAACAAGUCAAUAUUUCUGUUGGCAAAGAAGUAGCAGUCAAUGGAGUAGAGAAUGGAAAUAUUGAAACUAGUGGCAAGCAAAACUCAACUCAUGAUGAUAGUGAUUUACGAGAAUGCUUGGAACAUAAUCUCCCUGAUAGCCCUUUUGCUUCACCUACUAAAGCUAUUGGUGACUACAUGGCUGCAUUCAACAACAAUGGACCUAAUGAGACCACUGAUUCAGAUGCUUCAGCUUCAUCUGCCAAUUCCAAAUUUAGUACUAACACACUUCUUCCACCAUCAUCUGCUCUUGACAUGGGAUCUUUCAAAUCAUAUAAUUGCCAAAUACCAAGGUUUUCUUCUGGACAUGGAACCAUUGGAAUGCUUGCGGGCACCGGUGGUCCAAUUGGCAUUUAGUAUUUAAUUUUCUCUUGUCCAAGAAGAGAAACAUGAAGGAAAUGAAAACAAAAAAAUGUUGUAGAGAAUCACACCACCAAUGAAGACAUCACUAUCAAUCAUCAAUACUAUACUAAUUACUUCCAUACAAAAUGCAUACUUUCAAAAGCAGUUCAGUAAAGGAAGUGGGACAUGCAUUCCCUUUCUUUUUUUCUAUAUGAUUAUAAUUAUAAUUAUUAUUAUUAUUGUUGUACUAUUUUCAUCACUUCUCAUUUUCUGUAGUAAGCUGAACCACAGGUUAAAAAGUAAAGAAUAGCAAAAGAAUCAAGAGAGUGAAUGUGUAGUAGAAGUAGUAAUAGUAGUAACAAAGUAACAAAACAUUGUGAUAUCUUCCAUCUUUUCUUUGCUUUUUUUUUUUACCUAUGUUGGAUGUAUUAGUCUUUUUAGUUUUAUAUUAGAGAGAUUAAAUUUUCAAAGUAUUUGUAUAGCUGAAGCUCAUCAUAGAUAAAGCAUUCAGAAGAAAUUCCUGAUAGUAGUUUUUAUAAAAUCAAAGUUGUUCUGUGACUUUUGUAAAA